AUGAGCAAAGAAGCCUACUACGCUGUUGCACGAGGCCGUAAUGUUGGCAUCUACAGUACGUGGGAUAUGUGCAAGGUGCAAGUCGAUGGGUUCAACAAUGCGAGAUAUAAAAAGUUUGCAAGCAUAAGUGAAGCUGCUGCUUUCGUUGAUUCAAACAAAGAAAGUAGUGCUCCUGCUCCACAUACCGCUAAAGCAAGUUCUUCCUCCAAUGGUGGAAGUCGCAACUCUAGCAAUAGAGGUACUACUUCCUCUCAUAUUAGGAGUAGCAACUAUAACGUUGGAAGUAAUUCUUCUAAAUUAAGUAACCAAAGGGGGGCCUCAUCUUCUUCUCUCCGUACGGUCGGCAAACGAAGUUACGCAGUGGCGAAUAGUAAUGACGACAGUGGAGACGAGGAUUAUGCACAUCCGGCUAAAAGGACCAACAUCAAAACGAAGCAACCUUCUUCGGCCUCUCGCUCGAACUGCCCUGUUGUCUACACAGAUGGUGCUUGUUCCUCAAAUGGUAGACAUGGAGCUAAGGCUGGUUGGGGAGUUUAUUGGGGUGACGGUCAUCCGGAUAACAGUUGUGGACCUGUCGAUGGAUCAGCUACCAAUAACCGCGGAGAACUGCAAGCAGUGGCCAAAGCGAUUGAGAAGGCUAGAGAUUCCAAUGUGAAGGAAAUGAUCAUCAGAACCGAUUCUCAGCUCUGUAUAAACUCAUGCGACACGUGGAUUAAUAAAUGGGAGAGGAAUGGAUGGAAAACUACUACGGGAGAUGUAAAGAACAAAGAUUUGCUUGUCCAAAUUCAAAACCUUCGGAAAAACGUAAAUGUCCAUUUCGAAAAAGUGAAAGCGCAUUGUGGAGAACCAGGUAAUGAAGCUGCGGAUGAACUUGCUCGCAAAGGCGCAGAAUCGUAUAGAAACUGA